AUGAGGCCUUCCGUACUGUGCUCGACCCACCAACUCUGGGUGUCGCAAGCCAGGAAGUUGAUAGUCGACCUCCGCGGCCCAUGUCGCCUCGUCGCGGCGCCGAGCGGCUACCUCGGGCACGAUCAUGUCCAUGGCGCGAUUCUGUUCCUCGACGGCCAAGAGGAGCUUGCCCAAUACCUCAGGGGCGGUACCAGGGUGAAGCCGGUUUCGAAACUGCGCAGACGACGCGCGUAUCGCGGCCAUGGUGCAGCUCAGGGAGAAGUCGUCUUCCGAGCGGUAGACGUGCAGCUGUUGGAUAUCCACGUCGCCACCAGCGUUGCGAAUUUCGCGGGUGACGUGGUAUGGAGGACGGAGGUUGACAACAUCGCAGAUGCCAUUAAUGUUGAAGGAUUAGGGGCUACAGGCCAAGUUAGCUAG